UGGUUGCCAGGCGCUCGGUCGGAGUGUGGGAAGUGCUGAAAUUUCAGCGCGUCACAGCAUUACUUUGCCACCACCGUUGACUGACGGACUUACUACCGCCACGGCUGGCCAUCUACUCUUCCUGUCGGCCGAUGUGUUAAUGGUCACACCGACCGACGUCUCAAAACGCAUCGCUGAACCCACGGGAGGCGUUAUCGCGGCAGUUUGACACUGCCGAAUAAUUUGCUUGGAACCUCUCACUUCUGUCUAAUCUGUCAAGUUCAGGUUAGCCAGCUAGUUAGCGCGCUAGCAACUUCUCUGACUUGGACCCCUUCUAUUUCUCACUGGUCGGGGUAUUCCCUCGGAGUCACAACAGCCACCUAAAUGAUCAUGGAGAGGAAGAGGACGGAUUGCCCGGCUUUGCCCCCGGGCUGGAAGAAAGAAGAAGUGAUCAGGAAGUCUGGACUGAGUGCUGGCAAGAGCGAUGUGUACUACUACAGCCCCACGGGGAAGAAGUUCCGGAGCAAGCCGCAGCUGUCGCGUUACCUGGGCAACUCCGUGGACCUGGGCUGCUUUGACUUCCGCACGGGCAAAAUGAUGCCCAGCAAGCUGCAGAAGACCAAGCAGCGGCUACGCAACGAGAACCUCAGCCUCUCUAAGGGCAAGCCUGACUUGAACACGGCGCUCCCCAUCAGACAGACGGCCUCCAUCUUCAAGCAGCCCGUCACCAAAGUGGUCAACCACCCCAGCAACAAAGUCAAGACAGACCUGCAGCGCGCCACAGAACAGCCCAGACAGCUCUUCUGGGAGAAGCGGUUGAAAGGCCUUCGGUCAUUAGAUGUCACAGAAGAAGUUCUACGGACCAUGGAUCUCCCCAGAGGUUUACAAAGCGUGGGUCCGGACGCGUCGGACGAUACGUUGCUAACGGCGAUCGCCAGCGCACUGCACACCACCUCGGCGCCCAUCACGGGGCAGACGUCCACGGCGGCGGAGAAGAACCCGGCCAUCUGGCUCAACACUGCACAGCCACUUUGCAAGGCCUUCCUCGUCACCGACGAGGACAUCCGGGAGCAGGAGUUGAAGGUGCAUCAGGCGCGCAGGAGUCUGGAGGAGGCUCUGCUGGCAGACGGGUUGGCGCGGGCCGCUGAAUCCAGCAGGGACAUGGAGGGCAAGGCAUGAGGAGAGGCCAUCAGGGAACAACGUCUCCCCUCCCCCCUCCCCGCGUCUCAGGAUGGGUCUGAUCCAACGUGUGGUUGCUGCCUCCAAACUCCUCCCUCCCAGCACAGUGAGACCUUAAAACCAACAGCUUUAGCCAAGGCCUUCUGGAAUAUCCAAUUGUUAAUUGUUUUUGUGUUGUACUGUUUUUUUUGUUGUUGUACAUAUCUAUAUAUAUAAAUAUAUAAUUUCAGAACAAUGCGUAUUUUGUGUCAUAUAUAUUUUUUGGAAUUUAAAUAUUCGUAUAUAAUGAAUGUGUAUUCAUUAUAUAUGGUCAAUAUAUAAUUAUAUAUAAAGAGAGAGGCAAAUAUUUGAGCAAUAUUCUUUUUGAACUUCUGGGAACUUUUUGCGAGUCAGGUUUGCAAUCUGCUGGAUUGGUAUUGCUAACUGUUUUUACUUUUCACAUGCUCUUGUCUGGUGAGGUCGGUUGUAAGGGAUUUUGUUCUUUUUUCAGGGUUUGUGAUAGUUUAAUUAAUGCAUUUACAUGAAUAUAAAUGAAAACAAAAACUUGCUUAUUUAAGAAAAAAACAAAAAUUUUAUACCUUGAGAGAAAAUACUUGUACAUUUCUUGCAUCACUUUAGAGUAAAUAAAUGAUUAUAUUCA